CAUUUCUCCACCUUACACGCAAACGUCCUCUCUUCUUUACCUACCACCGACCUUUCUUCUUCACAUCUUCCUUCAUAAAGUCUGAUGUGAUAAUCGAGCUAGUACCAAGAUUUUCUCCCCUCCCCCCAUACCAUAUCCUCCCCUCUUGACCGUCUGCGACAACUUUUGAUUUAUUUCAGAAGAGCACGCCGCGUUAUCGAAAUUAGACCGCUCGUUAUUACCUUGCAUCUAAACGCCUCUCCGUUACCGCCUUGCAUACAGGUACCUUGUUGCACAUCAUCAAUAUCAUUUCGAAAACAUAAGAUACAAUUUCCAUUCAGAAUAUACUUGAAUAUCUUCCUUGACCAUCUUAAUACCGAAUGCAAUUAUGUUUGCAGACGCUGAUCCGAAACACUCGCGCCCGAACGGCAUUGGCAUCGUAGAGAGCGAAUAUGACCACAUUCCUUCCACUCCGCCUGAUGCUAUGGCUGUCCGCCAUUCAACGUCGCAGCAAUCCAUCCCCUCCACCGAAGCGCCUAAUUCACCCAUCGACCCUCAUUCUUCGUUUAAGGUCGAAUUAAACGAUGAUCACAAUCCAUCCUCGCAGGUCAUUCCCUCAUCCCUAACCCCACCUCCUUCGUCCCAGGUUCCCCAGGUCAAUGGUGUCUCUGGUAUGCCUCUAGGUUAUGUUAGUUCUCAAAGAGCUAACAUGUUUUCUCCCCCUGCCACGAUACUCCGGUCCCUCGCUCGCGAUGGCGGUUCUACAUCCGAUUUUAUUGCUCCAACCUCGGACCAAAUAUCAGACGCCUCAGCUGAUGAGCUUCGUGCUAUGGUUCAAGCAUGCCUCGCUGAGAAUGCGAGGUUGAAGAUGGAGACAGCACAUCACAAGUUGCAGUAUAACUUACUUAGCAUGCAGGCUGAUGAGGAUGCCAAGAGAGCCGCAGUAGAGCAUGAUAUGACGCGGCGGGAAGUGGAGGUAUUGCGUAUGACGGAGAAUUCGAGGCAAGCUCGCCGUGAGCUGAACGCGGCCGCAGAAUCAACGCAGGUCAAAUAUCGUGAACUCCAGUCGCAGUAUGAAAAUAUUGUCAAGGAAAACGAAGCUCUUCAAAAGCGCGUUAAGUCUGCUACCAAGCUCAUCCAACAGCAAAGCGAGGAACGGGACGGCUUAGUCGAGGAGCGAGAUAUGCUCCUCAACCGUAUCCGCGAAAACCGAGAGCAUUUCCACAUGCUUUGUAGCCCCGGUGGAGUGUUCCACGGGGCUCUAACGCCCAAAACCCCAGCAGCUGCUUCCCCACAGCAGUACCGAACCACACCACGUCAAACACCCAAAUCUGCUAAUCGGGAUGCUCGUCCCGACAAUUACAACAACCAGGUCGGAUUUGCAGCUCUCCUACAGGCUCUAAGUCACGAUAACAGCGCACCAUCGACCCCGACUGCGGCUAAUCGCCCUACCCUUCGAGCACCACCAAGACAUACCCGCGGCGUCCAGUCUCUAUCUUCUCUUCCCACCACGCCCACCUCGCGCGCUCGCGGGGAAUAUUCAGCCUUAUUACCCUCAGUUGAUUUAGUGCCGCAAACCGAACCCCCGAACCGGUAUGGCAACAGUCGAUUUGCCCUAGAGACGCCGGUGCAGAAGCGAGGGCGUCAGAGCCGGGAAAGCACCAUCUCUGCGGAUGAUAACAAUGAGGAGCUUGCUCGCGCAGCUCUCGAAUCCGUGGCAGCGGCUACGCAGUCAUAUAUGUCGCAGGAAUCGCGCGCUUCUCGACGAAGGGAUGAGGAUGAAGAGAUUUUUGAAAGUCAGGCUAGCCAGGCGGCGUCUGAAAUGCUUCGUCGCGAUCCACGCGAAAGCUUCGAGGUUGCCAGCUCGGUUGGGUCUCGUGAUGGCACGCCGGCACCGGCGGAAAAGUCAGCCAAGCUACAGUCGAAACUUUUUGCGGGGCUGAAUAAGGCAGGCCUUGCGGCGGAGAAGCGGAAGUUCAACGGCGGCACAGAAAAUGGUGAUAGCCGACGAGAAAAUGUUAUGAGUCCGACGAAGAAGAUUAGGUACGGGGCUGGGAGCGAGUCAAAUGGCCGGGUUGGCCUAGGAAUACGCUACAGCCAGGAGGCUUGAAGGCUCCCAAAAGAGUAAUCCUUGAUCAUUUUGGAGGAUGACAAGGUGGGUUUAUAUUUUUUUUUUCUGGGACAGUCAAUAGCUUUGGUGGGAUGAUGAUAUAUGGUUCUCACUUUGGACUCCGAUGAUGACGGCGUGAAGAAUGGAUGAUGAAUGUAUUAUACCCCUUUUUCGUGUCACGGCGUUUGGCUCUGGUUUCAUUUCGCGCUCAAAGGUAGCUAUGGUGUAUAGCGGCUUAGCGGAAUGCUCCCAAUGAGGAAUCUGAUUUGAUGGACUAUCUAUGUAGGAACAUUAUAGGCAAAUUGACAUAAUAGCUCCGUGAU